AUGAUACUGGACCCAUAUCAAAUAAACAACGCACACAAAUCAACACUUGAGGGCGCCCAAAACAGCAACCAAAGCUUUGGUUUACCACAGGUUCGCACCCACAGCCCCCUGACCGUUCAUUGCUGCCGCCGACUGGUUUUCACGGAGUUCGCGGAUGCCUGGGAUGUUGCAGAGGUAGAGCAUCUCAAGCUGUGGCUUUUACCUUUUGAAAAGGACGCAAGAGCAGUGAAGAAGAUGAUGAGCUCCACCUCUUGGAGGAAAAGCCUGCAGAUAUGGUUACUCCUGCUGUUGGUGGAACAGCUACAAUAUGUUUUAGGAAGAGUAACAACACAAGGCCGUCUGGAGGCUCAGGUUGAUAAGCCCUUCACUCUGAGCUGCGCCGUUUUGAGGGAACGCACUGAUUCCCUGAGGCAGGUCCGCUGGCUGGACGUCCAGAAUCAGACCCUGCUGACCUACCAGCCAGGCAACAAAGACACAGUGAGUGGUCAGCAGCACGUGGAGCUUGCCCCCUCUCCCAAGGACAACUCAACCAUCACUAUUCAUCGGGUGAGCUUCCGCGAUGAAGGCUGCUACACCUGCAUCUUUGAUCUGCAUCCUUCUGGUUCUAAACAGGGGCAGACAUGCCUCACGGUUACAGCACAAGUCAUAGCGGACAGAAACAAAACAGCAGUGAGCGGCAAGAGGGCCUCCCUUUCAUGCUCCUUUGGUCUGCCUGAAAAGGUGCACCAGAUUGUAUGGAAGCACACGUCUGUCCAAGGUGACUCCAAAGAGGUGGCUUCUUUUGCAAAGAAGAGCGACCCCAUGAUCGAACCUCCAUACCAAGGAAGAGUCUGGCUCACCUCUUCGCUAUCGGACAGCCAGCUCACUAUCCAGCCUGUUUCCAUCCAGGACGAGGGCUGCUUCACCUGCCAGUAUGAAACUCAUCCUGAUGGGCCAAAGAGUUCCGUGGUUUGCCUAUCCACCUAUGUGCUGCCGAAACCUCAAGUGAGUUACAAGACCACCUCUCCAGGUGUGAUCGAGGCCAACUGCACCGCUCUGUCUCGGCCCCCAGCAGAGAUCGUGUGGAAUGUUGAGAGGGACAACCGCACCAUGGGCCCCCCCGUGACAGCACAGUUCCCCCAGGCCGACGGGACCACCCUCGUCAUCAGCACACUGACUGUCCGGUCGGGGCUGCUUAAAGACGUGUCCGUCAAAUGCUUGGUGCACCACAAAGGGCUCGAGUCACCCAUCGCUGUAUCCAUGAACACUAAAAUUGGCACAGCUCUCACCAUCCUGAUAUCAGUCACCACAGUAGCUGCUCUGCUGGUUAUGUCCCUCUGCUUCUGCCUUUGGAAGUGUUUUUUGCGUAAAGAAGAAGAUUAAUCUAACCGAAGACCAGAGGCUAAAAAGAGAUCUUGCUUCUCAGAACAAGCCUUAGACGAUUCCCCUGCAUCAUCCGCUUCACCAUCAACACCAUUGUUGGUAAACUGGUGCAAAGAGAAGAUGUUUUGCCGUAUCUCUGAAGGAUGUCCAGUACAAUCCCGUAUAUGAGCACCGACUGGAUGUUCCCCUCUGCUCCGCUGCCUCAGCAUCUGACUCUUGCAUAAUCACCAUGCUGUCCUCACAUGGUGUCUAUGAGAAGCAGUUUCACAGAUUUUUUUUUUCUUUUUUUUCCUGGCUCUGUAAUUGAUUGAGUAUAUGGCCACACAUUCCAUUACCAACAGCAAAGUCUCUGUAUGGCUUAGUUAAGGGCAGUGAUUUUGCAGCACACUGCCUCGCCUCAAAGGUGAUCUCCUGUUUGCCUCUUCAUCUGGUUUUUAAAGACUCGUGGUGCUUCAUAGCUGUCUUAGCUGUUUAAAUCCACUCAAGAGACCAUAAACAUUAGCGAGCCACGCAAAUCACUGAUAUUUUUGGGAAUGGCAUUGAAUCUUAACAAUAAGAAGAAAAAAAAAUUAAUUACAAAUUACAUACUUUAAAUUACCCAUCUAAUUGACACAGUGAGCUGACAUUUAUGGUUUUUCUUCUUGUACCUCAGAUCUUUGUCACUUUAGCAUUAUGAGAGUUGGAUUGGGAUUAUAGGCACUAUAAGACUGACUAAAAGGGCUGUAUACUCAUAUAUUGUAAGGAUAAUAUCUAUUGUAAACUUUUUGUGCAUAAUUCAGUCGAUAUGUUUAUGUGUGUAUAUGCGUGUGUUUGUGUCUGUUUGUAUACGUAUGUGUGAGCUUGUGUGAAUCUGUUAGCAGUGAAAUUCCACGGUCAGAUGGCUUGAAUCAAUUGCCUGAAGAAGCAACAGUGAAACCUUUUAGGUGCCCCUGAAAGGAAUGCACGUCUUGCUGCUCGUCGUGCAUUCGGUCACUUUGUGUGUCAGUAAUUUGGAAAAUUACUUGAGGUACUUCAGGUCAAAUAUCCCAGAGCCGCUCUGUUAAUUUUUAUCUCACGAUAGUUCAAAGAGGCACCAAAAAUACCUGUUUAUAAUGUAAUGCAAUGAUGCUUCUAGGUGAUAUUAUGUUCACAUGUAUUUCUUAAAAAGCUUUUUUUUGCUCUGUUGAAUAAGGAUGAAUACUGGAGCAAAUGAUUUGCAUCUCUGAGUUUCUAACUUUAAUAAGGCACGGUUUCUAUGACACUUAUUAGCCCUUACUGAUCUCAUUUUAUGUCUGUUAAGAGUUUCUACAGGAUUUCAGUAGAGCACCAACAGAACCAAUCACAUCUGGUACUUCUGAAAAAUGUUUUUUGUUCAUUAAUUAAAUAUAUUGAGGCAUCCAGAACUCUUUUGAUCAGCUGGACUCCAGCAAAAGAGACCAACUAUGCAUGAAAUGUUAAUGUCUUGAAUGGAAUGAAUAAUAAAAAAUAUAUAAACAACAAC